AUGGCCUGCCAAAACUCCAUGAGCCGGAGUACCACUCAGGCCAAUCCUGUCCAUGACGAACUCACCACAGCACAAAAUGGCCAAAUGGCUGGUCAAGGUGUUAGAACCAGUCCACAGAUCAAUGGUGAAACAUACCGUCAAGGAGAGUUUCGAAUUGAUCGACGUUUUGGACAAGAUAAACGUCAAAAGAAAACACAUAUCUUCAUUCGAUUUCCAAUCCCUAGUUACCAAUGUACCAGAAAUGCGUACAGGCAAAUUGAUGGUGUCGCUAUGGGAAUCCCGUUAGGCCCGGUCCUGGCAGACCUGUUUAUGGCACAUGUCGAACAGAAGGCAAAUAACAUUCUAGAACGUGCAAUCCUGUACAAACGACACGUCGACGACACCCUUAUGAUAACAGAAAGCCUAGAAGAAGCUACGUCUCACACAGUAAUCGAGUUCCGAAUAAAUUCACUCACAUUUCGACGUUUGGAGAUGAUGGCUUUGAAAAGCACAGUACGCAACUUGUCCACAGACGACAGUGUGCUACGGCCGGAAUCGGAUGAACUGAAAUAG